CACUUGCAGCCAAUGCUGGAACAGGGUUUGCUGUGGCUGAACCUCAGAUUGCCAUGUUCUGUGGUAAGCUAAAUAUGCACGUGAAUAUCCAGACUGGGAAAUGGGAGCCCGAUACUUCUGGGACCAAGAGCUGCUUUGGACGAAAGGAAGAGGUUCUGCAGUACUGUCAGGAGAUCUAUCCAGAGCUUCAGAUUACAAAUGUGGUAGAAGCCAACCAACCGGUCAGCAUUGACAACUGGUGCAAGAAAGGCAAAAAGCAGUGCAAGGAUCACACUCACAUUGUUGUGCCCUACAAGUGUCUGGUGGGUGAGUUUGUAAGCGAUGUCCUUCUAGUUCCAGAGAAGUGCAGAUUCUUCCACAAGGAACGGAUGGAUGUGUGUGAAAGUCACCAGCACUGGCACACUGUGGCCAAAGAGGCAUGUCUGACAGAGGGGAUGAUCCUGCACAGUUAUGGCAUGCUGCUUCCUUGUGGAGUAGACCAGUUCCAUGGUACAGAGUACGUAUGUUGCCCUCAGACCAAAAUUGUUGACGAAGCCCUUUCCAAAGAGGAAGAGGAAGAAGAUGAGGAUGAAGAUGAAGACUAUGACCUUUAUAAAAGUGAGUUCCCUACUGAGGCAGAUGUAGAAGACUUCACAGAAACAGCUGUGGAGGAAGAUGAGGAGGAAGAUGAGGAAGGGGAGGAGGAGGAGGAAGUGGUGGAAGAUCGCGAUUACUAUUAUGACAGUUAUAAAGUGGAUGAUUACAAUGAAGAGACCCCCACAGAACCCAGCAGUGACAAGUCUCUUUCUGAAAAGGAAAUUAUCAGUGAUGUGAAAGUUGUCUGCUCCCAGGAGGCGAUGACAGGUCCCUGCCGGGCUGUGAUGCCUCGUUGGUACUUCGACCCUAACAAGAGAAAAUGCAUUCGCUUUAUAUAUGGAGGCUGCGGAGGCAACAGGAACAAUUUUGAGUCAGAGGAAUAUUGUAUGGCUGUGUGUAAAAAGAUAAUUCCUCCUACUCCUGUACCCACCGAUGACGUGGAUGUCUACUUCGAAACCCCAGCAGAUGACAAUGAGCAUGCCCGCUUCCAGAAAGCAAAGGAGCAGCUAGAAGUCCGACAUCACAACCGCAUGGACAGGGUGAAAAAGGAAUGGGAGGAAGCAGAGCGUCAAGCCAAGAAUCUCCCCAAGGCAGAGAGACAAACCCUCAUCCAGCACUUCCAGGCAAUGGUUAAAUCUCUAGAGAAAGAGGCAGCCAGCGAGAAGCAGCAGCUCGUGGAGACUCACCUGGCGCGAGUAGAAGCCAUGUUGAAUGACCGCCGUCGCAUUGCCCUGGAGAACUAUUUAGCAGCCCUGCAAGCAGACCCCCCUCGGCCUCACCGCAUCCUGCAAGCUCUGAAGCGUUACGUCCGGGCUGAGAACAAGGACCGUCUGCACACCAUCCGCCAUUACCAACAUGUCCUGGCAGUUGACCCAGAAAAGGCUGCGCAGAUGAAAUCUCAGGUGAUGACACAUCUCCAUGUGAUUGAAGAGAGGAUGAAUCAAAGCCUAUCUCUGCUCUACAAGGUACCCUAUGUGGCUGAAGAAAUCCAGGAUGAGAUUGAUGAGCUGCUGCAGGAGCAACGUGCGGACAUGGACCAGUUCACAUCCUCCAUCUCAGAGUCCCUGGUAGAUGUCCGAGUGAGCUCUGAGGAAAGCGAAGAGAUUCCCCUCCAGGAGGGCAAACCUUUCCGCCCAUUCCAGGUGAAAACCUUCCCAGCCUUGCCUGAAAGCGAAGAUCCUCAGCCGGAUUUGUACCAUCCAAUGAAAAAAGGUUCUGGCAUAGCUGACCUGGAUGGGCUGAUUGGGGCUGAGGAGAAAGUGAUUAAUAGCAAGAACAAAGUGGAUGAAAAUGUGGUAAUUGAUGAAACCCUUGAUGUGAAGGAAAUGAUUUUCAAUGCAGAGCGAGUUGGAGGACUGGUGGAGGAGCCGGAUGAUGACGGUUCCCUUGGUUCCUUUCAUGAUGACUUCAGUUUCAGCAGCAGUGCCCUCAUUGGUCUGUUGGUGAUUGCAGUUGCCAUAGCCACUGUCAUUGUCAUUAGCUUGGUGAUGCUGAGGAAGAGGCAGUAUGGGACAAUCAGCCAUGGGAUUGUGGAGGUUGACCCCAUGCUUACUCCAGAGGAGCGGCAUCUGAGCAAGAUGCAGAACCAUGGCUAUGAGAACCCGACUUACAAAUACUUGGAGCAGAUGCAGAUUUAAAGGAUGUGAAGAUGCAGCAGCCCUGACUAGAAGAGGGGCAGGGCAGAAAGGGCCAAAAUGGUCCAGUGUUUUGGAUCAACUACUGACCAACAGUUGCUUCAAGAGGACUUCAUCUUACAUUCAAAACUCCUGGAUCAUUAAGACUAUAAUUACUACUGUAGAGUUGCAAUUUCCAUUCUUUUAAAUGGGUGAAGAAAUGAUAAUAUAACAAUAUGAUGAUAUAUAAAUCUUUAAAUGGGGGAAAAAUGGAUCUAUUGCAGAUAUUUGACUGAGAUGUAGUUUUUCUUUUUUUAAAAAAAUACUCUGAAAAUCCCAGUUUUGUUGUACCGUCAUCUGAUACGAGCUCUAUAUAUAUAUAACGGGAGAUGUUGAUUUUUAUUUCUGAUAGAUCCCUUGUAUAUUGAAGGCCUUUGUACCAACCCACAUUGUAUAAAGGAGGCACUUGUGGCUCUUCAGUCAUUCUGGCUUUUAUAUAUAAAGCAGUAUUCCUUCUUUUUUUUUUUUUUUUUUUAACUGAAUUUUGCUGGAAGUUGCAAAGAGAUUAAAUAGGGUUCAGAGCAGUAAAAGUGUAACCCAGGAAGCAGAUCAAAGUGGUGAUUAAGGGGGAAAAAGCUUUAUGAAGAAUCCCCAGAUGCCAGUGCUCUGUGCCCACCCUGCAUCACAGUUCCUAGGAUCCUAGACUCCCUAGCGGCUCAGUUACAAAGCUAUUGCCAUCUCCAUUAAUAAGCACCUGAGUGGAAUGUUAGGCCGUGGCUUGUGCGUUCUGGGGUCUGCACAUUCCCCUUCUGAAUCUGGUCCUUGGUACUGAAUUUUAAAUCCCUCCACCAGAGGAUCUAACCAGCCUCCUUCAGUGCUCACCAGGCCCCUCUUACCACUAUCUGUAACUUUCCCCAGCUCCCUCCUCCCCCCCCACCAACACGGUAAGUAGGCUAGAGAUGCUGGUUUUGGAGCCUUGUAGUCUCUCUCUCCAGUGAUGUUGGGCCAUCUCUCUACUUUUAUUCCCAGGCCUAGAAGAAUGACUGGUGCAAUACUCAGCAUUGAGGAAUGAAAGUACAUGGAGUUCACUCUAAAUAAGGGGGAGAAUAGGAAAGGGAUACUGCCUAUUUGACCGAAAACUGUAGAGAGAAACGGGGUGUUUUCCAGUCACCAUCGUGUCUUUGUAGCGCUUGUAUAAUUGGUGUUAAUGCUCACAGCUUUUUUUUUUUUCAAUCUGGAGGUUCUGGUAACCUGUGGUGUAUUUUUUUUUUUUCCUUUUUUUUUCCUGUGACUUUUUUUCUUUCCCCCUUCCAUGUCUCUUCCCACUAUGCACAGAUUUACCUGCAAACUCCUUAAUGUGGUCUGUGGGGAAUGUACAAAGUUAAACACAUCAAUAAACACGUUAACUUCCAGAA